AUGGUACGCAUCGCUGUUCUUGGUGGAUCUAAAGGCUGCUCUCAAGCUAUGGUAGUCCAAGGCUUAGAAUCUAAACCACAUAUGCAAUUCAAACUUCUCGUCCGCAAUCCUAGCAAGAUAGACUAUACUGAUGAGCAAAAGGCUAAACUGACACUUAUCCAAGGUGACGCUCUGGUGCACAAAGAUGUUGAGCAGACGAUUAGACAGACAGAUAUAGUCGUAUUCUCUAUUGGAAGUGCGUUCGAUAUGAAGACAAGAUCCAUGGUAACGCCUGACCUCUGUCGAGAUACGAUGACCGUGUUCUUGGAGGUCGUAGAUAAAUUACCAGAAGAGGACCGCCCUAAACGAUUAGUGGUCGUGUCAACCACAGGUCUGGAUGGCAUGUCUGAAGUGCCUUAUUUGUUCCGCCCAAUGUAUCGAUUCCUCUUGCAUGAGCCUCAUAUGGAUAAACUAGAGCUUGAGAAGUUAGUGACAGGAGAAAAGAACAAGCAUAUACCUAGCUGGAUCCUAGUCAGGCCCAGCCUUUUAACAGAUGGAGGACUGAAAGGCAAGUAUAGAGCAAAGGAAGGUAUCUCGGGUUAUACAAUCUCUCGAAAGGACGUCGGUCACUUUUUGCUUCAUCAAUGUUUGGAAGAAGAUAAAUGGCUCAGAAAGAAGGUAGUUGUGACCUACUAG